AUGCAACGGCACGAUGAAAUUGUGAAGGACGUCGCCAGGAGUAUACGCAACUUUCACAAGCUCGAACAGCCCUAUCGAAUAUCGCAUGGCUCAUCAAACAGUACUCGACCCCGUCAUGCACCACACACCAACAUCGUCGAUAUAGGCACGCUAUGCCAGGUCAUUUCUAUUGACGCAGAUAAAAGGACAUGUCUAGUCGAGCCCAACGUACCAAUGGAUCGGUUGGUCGAAGCAACAAUGCCGUACGGCCUCAUACCUCCAGUGGUAAUGGAAUUUCCCGGUAUCACAACAGGCGGCGGUUACUCGGGGACAUCAGGAGAAAGCAGCUCUUUCCGCCAUGGGUUCUUCAACGAGACGAUCAACUUUGUGGAGAUGAUUCUCGGCAAUGGAGAUAUCGUAAGGGCUUCGCCAGAAGAGCGAGGAGAUUUGUUCUACGGUGCUGCAGGUGCAGCGGGCACCUUGGGCGUUACAACGUUACUCGAGGUCCGACUUGUCGAGUCUAAAAAAUUCGUGAAAACAACAUAUCACCGAGUUGACAGUAUCGCCACUGCGGUCUCUGAGACACAGAGGUAUUGUGGGGUUUCUGAUACUGACUACAUUGAUGGAAUUCUUUUUUCAAAAGACCAUGGCGUUGUCAUAACAGGACAGCUUACUAACUAUAAGCCUCCCGAGUCCCAUCUUGUCACAUUCAGCAAUGCUGCCGAUCCCUGGUUUUAUCUUCACGUGCAAGAAAAGACGAAAGAUCUUCCGCCGAUUUCUUCUGUCACUGAGUACCUCCCCAUCGGCGAAUAUCUCUUUCGUUACGACAGAGCUGCCUUUUGGGUAGGCCGCCAGGGCUAUACUUAUUUUAAGUUUAUACCAUUCAAUCGAUUCUUUCGAUGGCUUUUGGACGACUAUUCCCACACUAGGACAUUGUACCACGCCCUUCAUGCAAGUCAUAUUUCAGAACAAUUUGUCGUUCAAGAUCUGGCACUCCCAUACGACACGGCUGGGGAGUUUAUCAACUGGAUCGACUCUGACUUUGGCAUAUGGCCUUUGUGGCUGUGUCCUUUGAAGGAAACCAAGAUGCCUACCUUUCAUCCUGUCACUACCCGCAUGGAAUUAGCGAAGGUUGCUGAAGAUAAAGCCGACGUGUCACAACCUAUGCUCAACAUCGGUGUGUGGGGUUGGGGCCCAAGAAAUGGCGAUGAGUUCAAGGCCAAAAACCGCGACCUGGAGAGGAGGUUGUCCAACUUGGGAGGCCGAAAGUGGCUGUAUGCUCAUGCAUACUAUACCGAGGAGCAAUUCUGGGAAUUGUACGAUCGUUCCUGGUAUCGGAAUUUGAGGGAGCGUUAUUUUGCAACGACCCUCCCAACGAUUUACGAUAAAGUCAAACAAACUGAGAAGGAACUAGAUGGCCAGGCUGGGGGCGAUGGUUGGAUUUGGAAAACUAUAUGGAACAAAUGGCCAGUCGGGGGUCUUUAUGGAAUGCUGAUGGCAUUUAAUUCUGGAGAUAUCAGUCUUCACAGGCGGGCAACCUGGAAGCAUAAAAGCGAGUAG